GUAUGUUUAGGUCACAAAAUCAUAAUGUCAAUCAGAAGUAACGUGAUUUGAAAUUUCGCAUUCGAGGGACAAAUCAAAAAGCACCACCCAUGGCCACCGCCAAGAGCUCGUCGACGGCGACCAGCUUCUCCUCCCCACCGUGCUUCCACCACCACCACCACCACCACCACCAACACCUGUUGCUGUGCCCUCGCCACCACCACCUCUACAAUCACCACCACUUCCUCCACCGCCAUGACGGCAGCAGCUGUAACUUUGGCGGCCACGUGCGCCCUGCUUCUUUCGCUUCUCCUCCUCCUCCUCCGCCACCUCCUCUUACCAGCGCCGCUACCCGGAAUGACGCCGCAGCUGCGUCUUGUGUUGCUUUGCCGGCAGAGCUCAGUCCCCUUGAGGCCGACUCUUCCGCUCAGAUGUUAGUGCAGCAGGAUUAUGAGCAGCAAGAGGAGGUCUUUGACGACGAUGAAGAGCCCGUUUUUGUUUUGACCGAUGAAUGGAGGGAGUUCUUCGCGAGGUCCGAAGCAAAGAGGAAGUUAGCUAAGAGGGAGGCUAAGAAGAAAGCCAAGAAGUGAAUGGACGACUGUUUUCAUGUUCACCUCACUGGAUCCCUACGUUCCUUGGGGAACUUGUAUCUGAUUGACAAUCCACAAGUCUAAAAUGUAUUAUAUCCUGGAGCUACAGAGUGAUUAACAUGAUUUGGGUCUUCUGUUUGUCGCACAUAUUAGGACUUCAAGUAUUCCGAAACCUGAAGAUUUCAUAAUGAAAGAAGAAAACCUUACCAUGUGCUUGGGAGAAC